AUGAGUGGAAUUCUCCCUCGCGUACGACUGGCCUUGGAAUCCGACUACCUCAGCUAUGGCACAGACAGUCCUCCGCAAAUCUUCCACGAUUGCGUCGUCGUCCGUAACCCAAAGCUCAAGGUCCAAGUGACUUUCUACGACCAAGACCCGGAGAAGUACCCCGAAGAAGCGCCAUCGUUCACACGGGACAUCUUGAUCUCGGCUAAGGAACCUGUCACGUUCAGCCCAUUCUGGCCAGUAUCCCAGAAGAUGUCGGAGAACGCUGCAGAAUACUGGGAGGAUGUUGGGGAUACGUGGUGCCUGGGAGUUUCUGGAAUAAAAGCCGUGGAGUACAUGCGGAUCAAGAUUAUGGAUGCGUGA